AUGAAUCACAACGAGGAGCCAUUUCACUUUGACCAGGCAAUGGGUCCCUUUGCCAACGACAACCACAGCGUGGCUGUCGGCCCAUCCCUGGCAUUUAAUGAGUUCGCCAGCAUGACCAACACCUUCCCGCCCUUUGGACCGGUCCCCGUUCUCUGCGCCGGCGGCUGCGGCAUCGCCAUUCAGCUCGCCACCUCGCCCUGGUGCGACGCCUGUCUCCCGCCGACGCCUUGCACCCGCAUUGGCUGUUCCAACACGGUCUCGCUGCUCCAGGACGGCGUCGACGUGGAUGUUUGCCUCGAGUGCCGCGGGCUCAAGCUGUGCGCCGGCCAGGGCUGCGCCACGGUGCUGUCGGCCCAAGAGUCCGGCGACUUGUGUGCGUCGUGCGGUUACAUUGCGCCCUGCGCGGCCCGGGGCUGCGAGUCCAUGGUUCCCGCCGGUCGGGACUGGCCGUUUUGCGACCUUUGUACAAAGGCCUGUGCCACGGAUGGCUGCCCAGGAGACGCGGCCAUGGGGCUGUUUUGUGUUGAUUGUGAACCUAACGCUUACGCUCAGCUACAGGCAUAUGUACAGCAAGAGCAGCAGCAGCUCACGUAUGGUGAGUAUAAUGCGAACAUCAUGAUGGAAGACGAGACGCCGUUAUUCGAGACCGGGCUCGAUAUUUUUAUCGACUCACCGUCGCUAAUCCUGACUGAGGAGACGUUCGAUUCCCCGCUUGAACACGAAUUCCUUUCCAAUACACAAGAUAUUGGAUUUACUGGCAUUGCCCAUCCUCAGUUAAGCAUGUGUGAUGAGACAAUGUUUCCACCUGUUGAAUAUCAGGUGAGUACUGGCUCCGAAGAACGUGUCGUGCCUUUAGACUUGCUGAUUUCACCAUUCUCACCGCCUGAAACUGAUCUCGCAGCUCUUUCCAGUCAAUGCGUCAGAUGCCGCUCUGCUUUUAUUGGGGAAGUCGGUAGGUCGUAUUGCGCGCAGUGCAACUCCGAGGCUCUGGUGGUUGCGGGAGAGGAAGAUAUCACAGACCCUAUUCCAUUUAUGCCCCAUGACGCGUAG